AUUGCACCUGCAAUAUAUGCGUCACUGAUAAUGAUAUUUGAUAUUCCAUGCUUCAGUCUCAUGAAUUUGGUUUAUAACUGGCCAUUCUUCCUUCCGACUCUUUGUUUGAUGCCUUUCUUCAACUCUUAUGGUGAAGCCUACUGAAAUGCAUUGCCAUGUUAACCUUUGAUUUCAUCAUACAUCAUUCCAGCUUGCAUUUCAUACAUGUUUGCAUUAUGCACUUAGUUUAUCCUAACUGAGUCUCAAGUCCCUAUCUUUUCAUUUUCUUUUUUGGUGUUUAUGCAUCUUUGCGGUAGAUUCGUAACUGCUAAACUUGUUGCAGAAGUUCCAUACUUCUUCCAGAUGCCCCAUCCUUUGAAAGAUCCUGCUAGAAACUAUGGGAUCUCACCAGUGACAAAUGUGGUCUAUCUUCACAGGCCAUGUCUGCUACCUUGGCACCUUCUUAUGAUCAGUUCUUGAUUUCAACAGAGAAAAAUGCAGGUGCUCUAUCCUCAGAGGCCAUGUCUGCUAUCUUGGCAUCUCCUUCAAAAUACAUUGAGGAAUAUGCAGAUGCUCUACCCUCAGAGACUAUGUCUGCUAUCUGGGCAUCUCCUUAUGAAAACUCUCUGAUCUCAACAGUGACAAACGCAGGUACACAUAAGCAUUUGAGUGAAGAACAUUGCUAUACUGAGAAUGCUUGCCAGGAUUUCAGCCCAAGGAAGAAUCCAAGGAUGGAACUGACAACUGUUGAGCAAGGCUUUAAUCCGAAAAUGCAACGGACAACUCCGGCUUCGUUGGUUGAAGGUGAAGUUGGAGAUCACCUCACACCAUGUUUUUGAGUGGUGGGAUCGACUUUACUCAUGGGGCUUCUAUCUUUGUGAAAAGACGCUCCAAUACUGUUAGUGGGCUUGUUGUGCUUAGUGGGCUUGUUGUGCUGCUGUCCCCAGCGUGAACUUUUUUAUUUUGUGUGAACCUAUGUUGUGUGUUCCGUUUGUACUUUGAACUAUCUAUUGUCGUUACUUAAGCCAAAUUAUGUCAUUUUCUUUUUGUGAAAUUUGAUGCGGCAACAUGUUUUUUCUAGGAAUUUGGCUUAAAAUUUGACAUCAGUUUUGAUUCUU